AUGACUAAAACUAAUCAAAUACAAUUAGAAAGAACAGAUGAUUUAGAUAUAUAUAAAUAUUGUUCAUAUAAUACAUCAAUCACAUGGAAGGGAAAAUUAACAUCAGAACAAUAUGUUAAAAGAGAUGUUGUAUUAAAUUCAACUUCAAAAAUUUUACAAAAAGAUUCUAAAGAACAAAAAGGUGUUUAUCUUUAUAUCUUACGUGAUUAUUCAAUUCCAGCUUUUAAUAAAUUUGAUAAUAUAGUGGCAAGUGUUGAAACUUUAAAUGAUGAAUCAUGGAGAAUCAAUGGUCCAAAUGGUGAAUUAAUUAAAGUUAUUUCAUCUGUUGUUGGUAAUGUUUUCACAUUACCUCAACAUAGGAAAAAGGGUUAUGCAAAUCAUCUUAUUACUCAAUUGAAUGAAAUUUUAGAUGAACAAUGUGGUAAAGAUGGUUAUUCAUAUCUUUAUAGUGAAGUUGGUGAUUAUUAUCAAAAAUUUGGUUAUAAUAAUUUCCAUAUUCCAACUCAUUAUUUUGAAAUUGGUGAAAAGAUUGAAACAAUUGAUACAAAUUCAUUUAAAUAUUUAUCAUAUUAUGGAUUCAAAGAUUUAAUUGAAAUUCAAAAAAAUCAUACAAGAAAUAAGCUUUUACAAAGGGCUCAAAAUUUAAAAUCUGAUGAAUCUAUAAUAAGUUUAAUACCAAAUAUUGAUCGUUAUUCAUGGCAUCAUGAAAGAGAUUUAAUAAUAUCUUCAUAUUUACACCAAGACUUGGAGAUUCGUAACUUUGGUGCAGUUUUAAAUAAUUCAAAUGAUCAUUUUAUUUGGUAUCAUGAUUGGAAUGAAUCAAAAUUAGUAAUUUUGAAAACUUUUAUUGAAUUUGAAAAUGAACAAGGUUCAAAGAAUUUUGCACAAUUGUUAAAAAUUGCUAUAAAAGAAGCUCAUGAUUUUAAAUUAAAAGGUAUUGUCCUUUGGGAUUCUGCAUUAGGUGAAUCUCAAAAAUUUUAUGAUUUAAAUCUUGAGUUAUUGGAAAGUUUUAAUAAUACUAAAUUAUUUGGUGUUAAUGAUUCAUUAUCUGCAAUUAGAUUUCAUGAUAAGACUUCAAGUGAUAAAAUUUAUUGGAAUGGUAAUGAAAAAUGGGAAUGGUUUUAA